GUGAAAUGCUGAGUCAUGCUGAGCUGUGAGUUCGUCAAUUACACUGAGAAGUUUAAUAGCAUACCAAACACACCAUGACUUAAGUCCUGAUCUUGUCCUCAUAUCUGGGGGUGGAAAGGGUGAGCAGCUUUAAACACCUGGGGGUCCACAUCAGUGAAGACCUCACCUAGACUCUUAAACAGCUGAUCAAGAAGGUGCAACAGUGGCUGUACUUCCUGAGGAGGCUGAGGAACCCGAGAUCUUCAGCAACUUCUACAUGGUGUUGGGGAGAACGUCACUGCGUGGUACGACCGCAAGCGUCUGCAGAGAGCGGUGAAGACUGCCCUUUCUGCUGACCAUUUACCAGCACAGCAGAGCUGCUCCAUCCUUAAGGACCUCCACCCACCCUGUGCACUCCUCAGGAUGGUGGUACGGGAGUGUGAAAUGCAGGACUUCUUGUUUGAAGAACUUUCUUCUCCUCGGCCAUCAGGACACUAAACAUCCUUAAACGUUUCACUGGUUCGGUUUCCACAGCAACGGGCGACAACAGAGACGAAGAAGAUGGUUUACAUCACUGAAGACAUGAUCCGCCGGCGGGCUGAACACAAUGACUGUGAGAUCUUCUCCCUGGAGGAAAUUUCUCUGCACCAGCAGGACAUAGAGAAGAUCGAGCACAUCGACAGGUGGUGCAGAGACCUGAAGAUCCUCUACCUGCAAAACAACCUCAUCCCCAGGAUCGAAAAUGUUGGCCGCCUGAAGAAGCUGGAGUAUUUGAAUCUGGCCUUGAACAACAUUGAAGUCAUUGAAAACCUUGAAGGCUGCGAGAGCCUCCAGAAGCUGGACCUGACGGUGAACUUUGUGGGCCGCUUGAGCAGCGUGGAGUCCCUGAAGCACAACAUCCACCUGAGGGAGCUGUUCCUGGUGGGGAACCCCUGCACUCAGUUUGAGGGCUACAGGCAGUUUGUGGUGGCCUCGCUGCCUCAGCUCAGGUGGCUGGACGGGACCGAGAUCAGCCGGUCGGAGAGGAUCCAAGCGUCCCAGGGCCUGGAGGAGGUCAGGAGGCAGGUCUGGGAGCAGGAGAGGGAAUACCUGAAGAGGAGAGCCGUGGAGAAGGAGGAGGCGCAGAGGAAGGAAACAGGAAGAGAAGAGGGGAGGAAGCCGGGCUUCGACGGUCGCUGGUACACCGACAUCAACAACACAGUUCCAGGGUCGGAGGAGAAUAAGGAGAACCAGGAGCUGGAUCAGAGCCAGAGGAGGCCGGAGUUGGACGAGGAGGAACGGGAGCGGGAGUUCUGGCACACGCCGUGUUCCUUCACCCCCGAGUCUCGUCUGGAGGCUCACCGCCACCUGCAGGAGAAGAGGAGGGCAAAGGAGAAGGAGGAGGAGAAGAAGCUGAAGCCACCGAGGAGGCUCGUCACAGCUGAUGGACAAGUACUGAACGUCAACGAGCCCAAGUUGGGUUUCUCUCUAACUGCAGAUGAAGAAAACAACACAGUUGAGUUGGAUCUGGCAGUUUACAGACACAUGGACACCUCCUUGAUCGAUGUAGACGUUCAGCCAACGUACGCCAGAGUCAACGUGAAAGGAAAGAUAUUUCAGAUCGUCCUGCCGGCUGAAGUGAAGCCUGACAGCUCGACGGCUCGGAGGUCCCAAACCACCGGACACCUGGUCCUGACCAUGCCCCGGGCCGAAGGUGAAAUCAAAGCAACAAAGACCACCCCACGUCCACGCAGACCACGCAGCUCAUCGGAGGACGAUAAAAGGAAGAAUCGAGUUCCUGAGUGGCUGGAUGUCGAUCCCAGCAAACACACAUCCAUCGACUUAGCCAACAUUGUGUCGCGGGAGAGCACCAGGUCAGGUCCACUGGAGACAUCCAAAGUGGGUCCACCUGCUGCCACAGGUGCCCCCUCUGAAGGGUUUGUGGACAACCCCGAGGUCCCCCCACUCAUAUGAUCCAUCUGAGUGUUUUUACGUGCAACAAACUGCCGAUAACUUAAUGUUUCUUAUCGAACCUUCUACUGCACACAAACCAAUGAGAACAGGAGCUCAUAACUAAAGUUUUCACAUUAAUACUGUUAAAAGAAGGCUUUUAAAAUUACUUGGAGGUUUAGAAAAUUUCACAUAAUUUACAGACAUAUUACAGUAUUUAGUUUAGUUUCCAGGAAGUUUUAACAUAUCUCUGGAAGGAAAAUCCAAAACUUGUGAAAACCUGGAGAACUUCAUGUAACAGUGGAACAGAGUUCAUUUCAGUCUAAGCUCUGAUGACAUGGUUCCUCUCAUCUUCUAUUAGCCUGUUUGACAUUAAAAAUACAUCUCUGCAAAAACAACACACCUCUCCCCGGACCUGACAUUAAAUCUGGUUUUACUUAAAGAUUUAAUAAAUGGCACAUUUAGCAAGUUUGAAAAGUCAGAUUUGUUUCUGCAUACCUCAGAAUUUCAGAAGUAAAGUAGCUCAUCUUACUAGUCCAAAAAGCUAUAUCCUAUCAUUUUUAAUCAGAAGAGACCAAGAGACCACUGCAGAGUCUGACUCCACUCUUUCUGAAUAUCAAUAAAAGGUUUAUACACCA